CUCGGGUCAGUUCUCAGAGCGGUCAGUUUCCUCUCGACCGUGGCGGCCACCGGUGUUUCUGUGAUCGCCGUCUUCCGAUCUGAAAAGUCCCAAUCCUCGGAAGGGUCUCUUUCCGAAAGGGCAGAGCGUACUCAGACUGCCUUCAAUCGAAAUGGAAAAGUGCAUCGUGAUCUUUGCGGUCCUUGUGUCUGCGCUCUGUGACGAUGGAGGAUUGACGGGGACGUCGAAAACAACGAUGCGAAGUGCCACAAGCGGAGCACCUCUCAAUUUCACAUCGAUCGCCUUGAAUUUCACUUUGGACGCGAACUCAACAGGGCCCGAAGAGAUCGAAAGCCGCUCGCUGACGCCCGUGAGAUCCAGCGCGUCGCAGGGCUGCCGCUCCUACCAGGGCGGCGUCGGUCGAUGCGUUCCCUACUCGGAGUGCAGCGCCUCGUUCGAGAACGAGUUCAUUGCGCGGAGCAGUCUCUGUGGUUUUUCGAAUCGCCGCCCCCUCGUAUGCUGUCCGCACGAUACCUACGGCUUCGGCAACUCUCUUUUCCAACCGUUUCUACCGGGUUUCCAACAGAAUUUCUUCCAACAAAACCCGUUCGCCAACUCAUUCUUCUACAAUCCUGUGCGCAGUUUCUAUCAGCAGCCAGCGUAUAGCAAUGCCGGCUUCGGUUUCCAACAACCGUCCCCGUUCGGUUUCAACAACAACGGCUUCGGGGGGGGAGGCGGAUUCAAUAACUACGGUAAUGAUGCUUAUGCGUUCAGGCCGGGCUUCCGCAAACCCGCGUACAGUCCCGCAUUCCUGGGUCUUCCCGAGUACCUCUCGGCCCACAUCCCCUCCAAUAACAACCGGUUCCAAAAUGGAUACGCAGGUGGACACCCUCCAUCGGAAUAUGUGCAGCCCCGACCCACGAGCCCACCAACCUAUGUGGGUCAACUUCCGGUCCAAAAUACCAAUCAAUUCGGCUUGCCGAACUUGCGUCCUCCAUCCCGGAAUGAAGGCGCUGGAAGCAACUUCAACGGCGGUGGCGGUAGCGGCCUUAAUUUGAAUAGGCCAAGCGGAAGCGAUCGUCUCCUGAAUUCCCGAUAUUGUGGACUGACAAAUUCAACCUCAAAAAGGAUCGUCGGCGGCAGGGAGGCCGCUGUAGGAGCCUGGCCGUGGCUGGCGCUCCUCUUUGUUGAUGUCUCCGGCAAUGGAUACAAAGCUCCUCUGUGUGGAGGUGCUCUGAUAAGCCCGAGACAUGUUCUCACAGCGGCACAUUGUGUUAACCUCAUGGGAAAAGUACUACCAGCGAAUCGAUUCACCGUGCGUCUCGGUGAGCACGACUACUUGGCUACCGACGAUGGAGCGAACCCCGUCGACAUAGACGUCAACCGAGUGAACAGCCACCCGAACUUCAAUAACCGUACCUACUUCAACGACAUCGCCAUUUUGAGUUUACGGCGAGCCGUGUCAUACGGUCAGGGAGUGGCUCCGAUAUGCGUUCCGGACACCGCUGGGGACGACAGCGAAUACAAGGGACGAAGCGCAAAUGUCGCUGGCUGGGGAGAGUUGUAUUACGCUGGACCAGCAAGCUCGGUUCUCCAAGAAACCACUCUGCCUCUUCAGUCCUUGGACACCUGUAAGGAGGCUUUCAAGAGGACAGUGAUCCGUUUCAACGACAACUAUCUUUGCGCCGGGAGUCUGCAAGGCGACCGAGACACGUGCAGGGGUGAUUCAGGGGGACCGCUGAUGCUUCUAAACGAGAAAGGACGCUACACAGUCAUCGGGGUCACGUCCUUCGGUCGUCGUUGUGCUGAAAAAGGCUAUCCAGGAUCGUAUACCCGAGUUGCCAAGUACUCUGAUUGGAUCCAAACAGUGCUCAACUCUUCUUAGAUCUGUGUAAAAUCUUCUGUGAAGAAGAAAAACUCAUCUGUGAUUGAAGUAUACUCGAACAACGUAAUAUAU